UGUGCGUGUUUUCUUUGAUCAUCAUCAUCAAUAUACCCAUAAAUCAUCAUGAGUCGUUUCUUCUCAUCCUUUGUGAGAAUUAAUUCAGCAAUGACUAUUGUCAAGAUAAUACUCCUACUUGGUCUACUGCCACUUUCAUUCACCUCUCCAACAGAUGAGGCCAUAGGCCGCCUCCUCUGCCAUCCCGAUCCCACAAAAACCGAUGAAUUCCCUGGCAUAAUACGGUUCCCAAUCCCUCACGAUUCCGAUUCGAUCCCUCCAGAGUUUCGUGCUCUGGUGGGGACCGAAUUCGCCCGUCCAAAGGAUCACCAAUACCCCACCGUUCGCUUUUGUGGGGCCUCCAUCCUCGUUAUUAAUCGAACAUCACCCUUCUGGCCUUCUCGAAACCACCCAGUUGACAAUGAAGUUCAUCAGUUUCUGGGGUACCCGUAUAUUUCAGCGGAACAACUCUUUGAUGACUCUUUUCCAUCAAUUCAGUCUGACCAACUCGAAUCCAUAAACUAUCACACCGUCGGUGGUGGAUUGAAAGGCUGGACCAUGAACUUGAACCCUGCGGAGUGGGCCGCUAACGAACAAUUUAUGGUUGGAGACGCUCUAAUGUUUGUUUACGAAAGGAAUCAUUACGACGUGUUGGAGGUGAGUCGAAGCGGCUACGAUAAUUGCGAUGAUAGAAAUUUGCUUAUGAACGUGACCAAAGAUGCGGAUAUGGGGAGUAUUUUUAAACUGACCGAGGCUAAACCUUACUACUUUAUAAGUAGUAGAGAUCGUUGCCUUCAAGGUCUUAAGCUAGCAAUCGAUGUCCAUGACUACACCUCCUCCUCCGCUGCCGCCACAGACUGAGUACUCAUCUGCAAACACAUGCACCCUAAACGUGAUCUUGACUUCAGUUCUUAAGCUGGUUGGGUCGAUCAAUCCUUUUUUUUGGUGGAAGAAGGUUUAUAUUUUCUUUCUUAUGCU